AUGGAUAUUCUACGUAAAAUCCUGGUAGUGCAACUUUCGCGUGUUGCGACGACUGUCAAUGAUGAUGCCACAGAAUUAGUACAUUCAUGGCAACCUUUGCAGUUUAGACUUUCCAUAACUUUCUCUAAUGAAAAUGGAGAACACUCCCGUGAUGGUGGUGCGUUAAUGGCAAGAAUGGGGGAAAGUGAUUUUGCCUCCUUGUGGCGUAAACUCUUUCACACGGUGCGUAUUGUACCUGUUGUGGUCCAAUCACAGUCAUCAGAGUUGUCAAAUGAGGAUAAAGGGGCAUCUAUACAAUGGCCACAGGAACAAGAAAGAGAAGAAAAAGAAGAAAAGGGAGAAGAGAAAAAAAUAAAGGAACAUGAAAAAGAGGAAUCUAGAGGAGAUAAAUUCUUUUCUUUUGGAACUCCACCGUUUUGGAGUACUACCUCAUCUCCUAUGGAGAGAAAUAGUGCCUUUUCCUCCUCUUCCACCUCCUCUGGGUUAACCGUCGUAGCUGGAAAGAUUCUUACCGUAGUAGAAGGACCUGAUAGUAAUAUAGCUAUUCAAGAAUCUUUAUCCUCUAUCUCUAGUGAACAUUCUACAGAUUUAAAGAAAACGAUUCCUAGUUGUAUAACUUCUGUGUAUAACUUUAAUCAUACCCUACCAGAUUUAGAGAAUUAUAAUGAAACUGUUACUAUUGGUUAUGUACUACUACUUCCUCUCCUAAGUGAAAAAGAAUCCCCUAAUGAAAAGGAAAAGGAGAAGAAAAAUAAAAAGGAUAAUAUUAUUCUUCGUGCAUUAAUAGCAUCAGAAGAACAAUCCAUGAUCUGGUAUAGACCUUCAUCUAUAGUAUUGGGAACUUGUUAUUAUCGAAUGCCAGUUGGUAAAGUUCUACAGUGUACUUCUACCGCGCGACAUACAGCACAUUUAUCUGUUUUAGUAAAUGUUAACGUAAUGAAUAUUAUUUCUGUUCCUAUUUGUAUACAAAAAGCAUCUUUUGAUAUAUUUUCUACCUGGAUUGGAGAUACUCUCGGUAGUCUUUCAAGUGUUCCUUUGUGUUCUGAACAACGAGCUGCCCCACGGGGUGCAGAUUUGAAAGCUUUGGAAUUAUUACGUCAAGCUGUCAUGGUAACUCCUAUAGUAGUAGAUGAUUUUAGUAUUCCUGUACUUUUGGAACCUGGAGAAUCUGUGGGUUUUCAAUUUUCUAUUCGAGUUCAACCUCAUAUGUGUUAUUUACUUGAAUCUCAUUCACUUUUAGAAUUAUAUGGUAAAUUUGUAAAGAGUCCUCCAAAGGAAGUGGCAGAAUUUGAUACUAAAACUUCUUCUUCAAAACCAUCAGUUACAAAUGUCUCUUCCCCUUCUCAAUCUAUUGCGGCAACGGCAAUUGUUUCCCCACCAGAGAGAGUUUCUCGGGAUGAACUUCUUCAGGUAUUAUCAUGGAGUUUUACUUCUCAUGUUUAUGUCUAUUACAAUAUUAUGUCUUCAAGAAAAGAUGCAUGUUAUUCUAUAUCAAAACAAGGGGAUGGAGUAGAUACUCAAUCUGGACUUCAUCUUCGUCAUCCUGUGCGUUGGUCUAUGCUUCUACCAUAA